AUGUAUCAAGGUAUGCUACAAGAAGCUUUGCAAAAGAUUUUUCUACCUUCCUUUGCGAGAUCGGAUGACGUGAAUGCGCUAAUGGAUCAUAUUCGUGCAGAUUUGCCGAAUAUUACCUUCUAUUCGCAUGAACUCCCACCUCCUGAAGUGAGGAACUUAGUGGAUAUGUUGAUGAUUAUUGUUCAUGUGAAUGGCGUUGGUAUUAGACAAACGCUUGUUGAUAUGGGUUCGACACUGAAUGUUGAAACACGGGUUAUUGCUAAAAAAGAUAUUCUUAAGCACCUCUUUGCAAAGUUUGAUCUCUCGGGAAGGCUGGCCAAGUGGGUGAUCGUGCUCUCUGAUUUUGACUUACAAUUCAUAACUCAGAAGUCAAUCAAAGGGCAGUUGAUCGCUAGUCAGUUGGUUGAUGCUCCCUCAAGCAAGUAUUUUCCCACCUUAGACCUCUUCCCUGAUGAGAAUGUUCUGAUCAUUGACCAGGACUCCGUGUGGGAUAUGUAUUUUGAUGGUUCGAGGUGUCAAACUGGCUCAGGCCCAGGUGUGGUUUUUGUUUCACCUGAAGGAAAGAAAAUUCCUCUCUCUUUCUAUUUAGAAUUUCAUUGUAUCAAUAACAUCACCGAGUACAAGGCCGUGAUUCUAGGACUUCGUGUUGUGAUUACCAUGGGUGUGAAGAACAUCCACAUCCAUGGAGAUUCUGAGCUCAUUGUGAACCAAGUGACAAGUGCCUAUCAUGUUAAGCAAUUGAAGUUGUCUCAGUACAUGGACUUAGUAUUGACCAUCCUGAAGCACUUCGCUACUUACACAAUUAAUAGCAUCUCAAGGAGGGAAAAUCAUGAUGUGGAUGCAAUGGUGAGCAUUGCUUCUCUUGUAGGCCCAGACUUUGGCUAG